CAAAGGGGGACCAAAUCAGUUAGAGCUGAAGCAGCAGAUCAUUCGUCUCCCCAAAGACGACGACGACGAACACUGCAAAACGACGAAUCCCUCUUUUGAUCUCAAAUCUCAGAUUCAGAACCCUACAAAACGAUUCUGCCUGGCCGAAUCUCACUUCCGACGCCGGAAAAAACAGAGAGAUUCAGUCAAAUCUCUAUCCCCCAAUUUCACCUCUCACCGUCACUAUCUCUGACGGGUCUGGCCCACGUUUCUUCCUUAACUCACUUUCUGUACGAAUUAAUCUAUGGCGAUUUCCACAGGUAUUCAUCACAUAGAAGGCAUUGGUUGCUAUACACCAUAUGGAGUCACUAGUAGCUGGUUAAAAUCGCCUCAUCUCGAGUUUCAAAGUCUUGUUGAUUGUUCUGGCAUAAGAAGCUUCAGCUCCAACUCCAACUCCAGAACUAGAAAAUUAUUUUCUGGAACGACUCCAUCGAAUUGGCUGCCUGUGGGGCGUGAAAUAUGUUCUUCAAAAGUUUUAGUCGCGGCAGACUCUUCAGAUUCAGUUCCCAGUUCGUCUAGUUACAUUAAUAAUCAUGGCUAUCACCCUCAUGAAGAAAUCAAAGCCUGCAAGAGAUUACGUAAAAGCAAAUUAACGUUGGCAGAAUCAGCAAAGACUGCAGUGGAGGCUAAUAACAGUGCUGUGUUGAUAUUCCCUUCAUCUGUUCAUUGUGAACCAUUUGAAGGCCCUUCAUGGGUUGAAUCAGAAUACUUCACCAAUGACUUUGGAGAUAUAUUUUUUGAGAUUUUUGAUGAUCAAAAUAUCUUGGAGGAUGUCGGAGCAUGUAACCCUGUGAAUGUUUUGAUCGGGAUGGAUAUGUCGAUGUAUAAGAACAAAAGAUUGAGUGGAUUAGAAGAUAUCCCAUUGGAGGAUGCUCCUUUAAUAGAGGAAUAUUAUCUAGAGUCGGAGGAGGAUGACGAUUCUGAAACUGAAAUUUCUAGUGAAUGGGGAAUGCCUAUGAACAUAAGAAGUGAGAUCCAUCCAAUUUAUUUUUCCAAAUGCUUGGUGAAGUCUAUUGAAGCGAAUUACGCUAAAGAGAUGGAGAGCCCAUCGAAUGGUAUUUCCAUUAAAGGACGGCUCAUGCCUAUAAUUGAAGAAGAGCUAUAUCUGAGAAGAAUUGUGAAUGAUCUUGGGGAAAGCUGCUUGGACUUGAGAGACAAUGAGUCCUCCAAGCUUUUCGAGGCAGUUCAGAGACGUCUCUCAAUUUUCUACAGACUGGAGAUUACGGAAAUACAACUGUUCUCUGUAUAUGGUGUUCAGUCAAGGGUAGAUUUGCUAGAAUUUUACGAGGCUAAGACUGAUCCUCUUGUGUACUCGAUGUUGGAUAUAAUAGAGCCUUUCAACGAAAGAGGGAACGAGUGCAAUUCUGCUCUUAAAUCCCUAUGCAAAAAGAAGGGCUUAAUUGCGGAGAAUGCGAGUCUGAUUGGUGUUGACAGUCUCGGGAUGGAUGUUAGGAUUCUCUCUGGCACAGAAGUGCAAACUCAUCGCUUUCCAUUCAAAGCCAAGGUUAGGAGCGAAGCUGCUGCUGAGAAACAAAUCCGACAUUUACUAUUUCCCCCUGCUCGUCGAAAAAGAUUGCAAAAUUCGAAUCCGGUUGAGAAUAAGACCACCUAGUAUUCAUCCGGUAUGAUCUCAUGUUCGAUUCACACAGUUAGUUAUAAUUUAGCCAUGAGUUAGGUCUCUUAUGCUUUAUAUUGAUUAUUUUUCAUUAGUUUCAUCAAAGCAAUAAACAUUAGCCCAAAGUUUUUGAUUGCUUUAAUUUAAGCUUACAAUUUUG